UGUAGGUCGCCAUUAACCAUUUUCGCCACUAGGGCGCUGCACAGAACGGCAAGUAGAGAGUGCAGUCCAUCCACCACUGCAAUCCAUUUUGCCAGCAGGCUGGCAUCCCCUUCGAGACUGUGGUACUGGUCUCGAAGUCAUUAGACUACGGCGACGAUCAAUUCGGUUUACGAAGGAGUUCAAGUUGUUGUCUGCGGAAGCCGGCUCGGCAUCUUCUCCUUGGAUAUCCUGCAGUUCCUCACAAGUACUGCAUAGGUGCUGGUCUGGUAGACAAGCAAAAGCUUGCGGGCAUUAUGCUUAGGCUCCGGGCGUGUAGUUUAGUCUCUGUGUUUAAUUUGCCGAAGCCGGCACAGCGCCCUCUCCUCGGUUCGCUCUCGCAUUUCUCCUGCAAUUCCUAACCAGUACUGUCGUGUAGAGAAGCCGCAGCUUGGUCGCCUCCUGACUCUUCCUCGAAAGGGACCCUAAGUCAACAGAGAUGGUCUAUAUCCUAAGUUGAUUUGAAGCAGCACCACUGAAGGAGGCACCGUGCAUCUAACGGCUGUAUGGCAGAGGACCCGAUGCAGCACUUGUCAGAACUGGUUUGAAGUACUGGUGCUAGUGGUGAGGUAUGCUCUGCUGUCGUGGCAAUGGCAUGCAGGGCCCUCGCUUGAGUCUUGCUGCUUCUAUCUAUAUACCCGAAUGCGAUUUUCAUGUACCGCCCUCACACGGAGUGUACAUGUUCCCGUUUCCAAGAGAGUCGUGUCCAUUUGUCGACAUUCAAAAUGACCGAGUGCGCAAUAAGAAGUUUUCUUAGCACCUUCACUCCCUCUUCUAAGCGGUGAAACGGAUUCGGAGACCAAUUGAACCCUUGACUUGGAGUUGUUUUUCACAGUGAUUAUGAAUCAGCAUGUCUUGGCGGAGGUGAGGGUAGGCAGGAAGUAAUAACGCUCUGUGCGACAAGUGGAACACGAGAAGAUUAUGUCUGUCAUGUCGACACUCUGUGGAUGUGUCCAAGCGGCCAUGAGGGUGCAUCGACUAUGACUGCAGCUGACAGCUUAUGCAACGUAUAUCAUGAUUGUGGAAAACGAGCCAGGGUAGAGGAACUCAGGAGGGACUUCUUUUUGUGCCCCUCCCAAACAUUUGCAGCACACACUCACUGUUUUAUUGCGGUGAACGCGAUUUGGGGGAGUUGUGAUCCCAUUGUGAUUCGUCACGGUCUGGAUUCUGUGAACGCGGGGUUAUUAUGUGGAGUGGGUGUGCCCUGCAUUCAGGUAUGCCAAUGGGAAGAACGCCUUCCUUAGUUUCCUCUCUCCUGGGUGUGCAGAUCUUUACUGAUCGGCGUGCAGCCCCUGAGUGUGACAUCCUACUACUCGCCUACUGCUCGCCUGUGUUGGACACUACCCAGCAGCUCGAUCACUGGCAGCUCAGCAGUCUGCAAUCUCAUCAACAGUGUUCAUGCAUUUCAUCGACUACAGCUUUUCCACAUCUUGCGGUAUGCCUUUCUACUGGCACAUGGGUGGCACUCUUGGCAGCUGGGUGGUCUUCACAAUGAGAAAUGAGGCAACCUAUGGUAAUAAGCUCACCCUGUUAUCAUACCUGUGCAUCCAGUUGGCCGGAUGGCACGCGCCGAUUCGAGAUGGUCAUAUUUGGACAGAGCGGACCAAGAUCUGCUGUCCGUGUAGAGUCUUUUGUCAGCAUGCGGGCGGUGCACAGUGCCAAAACUGCUUCAGCAGCUUUGCGGGUUGGGAGUCAUUUGUAGGGCGCCAGGGGUUCUGAUCUUGGAUUUGAACGAGGUAGGUGGACAGCACACUGGUCUUGCAAACAGAUGUAUUUGGAGACAGCCAGGCUCAUGUCGGUUGCUUGUUGUGUUCGAGUCUCACGCCCACAUGCCACCGGAUGCGCAGGAGGCAAACUGUUGGGUCUGUGCACAGCCCAAAGCUCAAAGCUGGUUUGCCAGCUUUGUGGGUUGCAGUUGUCUGUAAGCAACCAGGGGUUCUGAUUUUGGGUGGGAAGGAGUUAUUAGAUGAACAGUGUGCACUUGUGAUGCAAACAGUUCUAUUUGGACAUAGUCAGGCUAAGGUCAGGCGCUUGCCACAUGAGUCGUACGACAGCAUGCAAGCGUGCACAUGGGAGGCGAACUGUUGUGGGCUGUGCGCAGCCCAAACACAGAUUUGUGGGUUGUAGUUGACUGUAGGCCGCCAAGGUUUGUGAUCUUGGUGGUUGGAAGGAGUGUGAUGGACAGCCUGCUGGUAUUGCAAACGUUUACGUAGUACGGGUACAGCCAAGCUUAGGUCAGUUGUUUGCUAUGUUCGAGGGUUACGUCGGCAUGCUGGCAUGCCGACAGACACACAGGGAUGCGGGUGGAACUGUCGCAGUCUGUACGCAGGGCCCAAGCUGCUUUGACAGCUUGGGUGGCAGGUUGGUAUAGUCACCCACACACACAGAUGCGCCGUAGCGGUGGGGUGAACAUAUGCAGCAGUUGUAAGGUGUAUGUAGUACGAGAGUUAGCGAGUCUAAUCUCGCCGCCAUCGUCGUGUCGUUGCUCUGGGCCGAGUGCUCGUCGUUCAGAGUAGAUAGGGGAGCCUGCCUCUCUGUGGGUCUUUUUAUGAACUGCUGGAUGGGUCUCUCCACUGCUCCUGUAGGGUUAAGGUUCCAACGUUCAGAGUAGGAAAACAUGCUAAAAGCACAAGCUUCCAGUCUCUUGUUUCAAUUCUCUCUGUGGUCUUUUCUGUGUUGGCAGAUGGGUGUCCGCUGCUCAUGCAGGCCAAUUGAGAACUUUUGUUUUGGGACAUUUUGCUUUGCUUUUGAGUUGGUUGUGUGUUUGUUUGUGUUCGUUGUGCAUGUGUACAAUUGUUUCAAUAAACCGUCAGACGUAGCGUGUGUUUGAGGAGAGACGAGUUAGGGAGUUUUUAUGGAGAUGCCGUUGCGAGUUAUCGUACCACUUUGGGGUCUGCGAACACGUCCAUGAAAACGUGGACUUCCACGUCUGGGCUGUGUGUGACUGGACGGACAGGUUUGGGUAAGAAAGAGAAGCAUCUCCUGUAUCAAACUCCCUUUCCGUCUGUUUCUUCGAGCUCUUGGUCAGGUAGAGAGUAGUAGAGUUCUUCGUUUUUUUCACUUGUUAGUUGUCUGCCCCUUCGUUUUCUUUUAACAUUUUUAAAGUUUUUUUGUUUUGUUUUGUUUUCUUUUCCGUUGCCAGUUUUUGCUGGAUUCUUGACUUCAUCAUGAACUUAAAGAUUGAACUCUCUCUUUCUACACAGGCUUGCUUCACCUGUUGAGUGAAAGGGCAGGAGCUGUCCUUUGCCUUUUUUUAUGUCUUCUUUCUUGGCCCUGCAAGUCCUGUGUUGCACCUCGUGGAGAGUUUUUGUUUUUGUUUUUUGAAAAUUUGUUCGACCUUUCCCUCUCAAAGGCAAAUCUGUGUUUGAUGACGAAGGUUGCGAGUGCCCCUUGUCACCGCACACAAUGUCCAUUGUACGUACAUCACCCGUCACAAAAGGUCGGUGCUGUCCGAAAAGAAUGAAUGUUACCGUACACG